AUGAAGUAUGGGAAAGUCGCAGUCUUCACCCAACCAGGCGAGACUAUAAGAAUUAUUGAGGAAGAAAUCCAGCUGCCGGAGCGUGACGAGAUCCUGGUCCGCGUAUUGAUCGCAGGGAUAUGUGGCAGCGAUGUACACAGGUUGAAGGGCGAUAUUCCCAUCAAGUCAACGGGAGUUACAUUCGGACAUGAAGCAGUCGGGAUAAUUGAAAGUCUCGGGGAACAAGUUAACACCGAUAGUCUCGGUAACGUGAACUGGCCACCUCCGGUUGGCAAGCCAAACGGGGCUUGUUUUAGACAAUACGCAACUUUGAGCUCUAAAUGCGUAUAUAUACGAGUACCAUCAGCUGUUGCUCCUGAAGAUGUUAUUACCUUUGGUUGCGGGAUGCCGACAGCACUGAGAGGUCUAAAGCAGAUAGGAGAUAUAUCUCCAAACACCGAUGUGGUCGUACAGGGCUCAGGGCCUGUAGGUCUAGCAUGUACGUUGCUGUUGAGCCUUGCUGGUGCCCGCUCGAUCAUCGUCAUCGGAGAUCCCGCACAUCGCCUUGAGGCGGCCACCUUGCUUGGGGCAACGCACACCGUGUCUCUCACCAACACUACACCGGAAUCAAGAUUAAGACUAGUCAAUGAUAUCACAGAAGGCCGUGGAGCGGGUAUAGUAGUGGAAGCUGCUGGAGUAGCCGCUGCGUUUCCUGAGGGCCUUGACCUGGUUGGGAUGGAUGGGAGAUAUUUGAUUCUUGGCUUAUAUUCUGGAAACUCCAAGGUCUUAAUAGACCCUGUGCGGAUUAAUAAUUAUAAUCUUCACGUCAUCGGUAGCUUGGGCCUCGAUGUCGACAGUUACAAGAAAACAGUCGACAUUGCAUCGGAGCACGGUAAGCGACUGCGGUUUUCAAAUUUGAUAACUCAUCGUUUCAGGCUAGACCAACUACAGGAGGCUCUCAGUCUUGUAGGACUCGGGAUACCCAUUAAGGCUGUGGUCGUGCCGAAUUGA